CUGAUUCCUGUUCAGAUUAAAAACCCGCUAGUUCCAGCUAAACGGAAAACAGAGUAUACGGGGCUAUAUAGAUGUAUGAACGUUUCUAGCUUCUAGUCAACUCUCAGUCUCUAGUCUCUCAGAAGAGAAAUAAUGUCUCCUCCCUCUACCGGCUUCUCCGCGUUUCUCCUCUCCUUCCUUCUCUUCUUGUUCUUAUUCAUGUCGAUCGAAUUAAACGACGCAGCUAAUGAUGAUGCUACUCGGAGAAUAUCACCUAAGUACUGCGACCCUUCCUCAACCAGCAGCCUCUGCAAGAGGAACAUGAAUAUUUCAUAUCCUUUCUGGAGGGCAGAUGAUAAAGGCCAAAUCUGUGGCUACCCUGGGUUCAGCAUCGACUGUUCCAACACCGAUCCUGACUAUCCCCGAAUCGCUAUUUCUGGCGGCGUCUUCCUGGUGAAGAGCAUCAAUUAUGGCGCUCGCUCAAUCGUACUUGCGGAUGCCGAUGCCAUCACCUCCGGGGGCGACUGUCCCACGCCACGUCAGAACCUCAAUUUCAGCGGCGGAACGCUGCCGCCGUUCAUUUACAACUACAGCAUAGAUGUAGCCAUCGUUUUCUACGCCAACUGCACCAAUCCGCUUGACGGCGGUAUCCGCUAUCCUUGCUCAAUUGACGACGAAGCGUCGUCAUACUGGUCUGUCGGGCCGAGCCCUUUGGGUUGGCGCGGAAAUUGCGAGGGAGCGCUGCAGACGGCGGUGAUGGGAACUUCCGAUAGAAUUGGGGCGAGGUUGAAUGACUCGUCCUCCUGGGCCAAAGCCUUGAAUGAAGGGUUCGUGCUGAAUUGGGAUGCCACGGGGGAGAACUGCACCGAGUGUGAGAGGUCCGGGGGGCGGUGCGGCCUUGAAACCACUUCCGACAACUUCUUCUGCGCUUCUUCUCAAGUGACUCCAGUGAGAUCCAAAGGGCUUCGCGGGAUAAGGCUUAUAGUCACUCUUGUUUUGCCUAUUGUUGCGGUGUUUCUGAUGCUCUUUUUGUUCAUGGUCAAAUUAAGAAAAGGUAGGAACCACCUCUCGAAUGGUAAGAGUAGUAGUUUUAAAUCAUCGGAUUGGUCUCUUUUGGGCAAAGAUAUGAAAGAAAGUAGGGAGAAAGAUGUAUUAGUUUAUGAUCUCAAUUCCAUUAAAGCUGCCACAGAUAACUUCUCGGAUGCCAACAAGCUUGGUGAAGGCGGAUUUGGAUCUGUUUACAAGGGGAAGUUUGAGAAUGGAUUGCUCAUAGCAGUGAAAAGACUUUCGAGAUCUUCUAGGCAAGGGACAGUUGAAUUCAAGAACGAAGUUACAGUUAUAGCAAGGCUCCAACAUAGAAAUUUAGUCAGACUUUUAGGGUGUUGCAUUGAACGUGGAGAAAAACUGUUGAUAUAUGAGUACUUGCCUAACAAGAGCUUGGACAGUUUCCUAUUUGAUAAAGCAAAUAAGAUAUCUCUAUGUUGGAGUAAACGAUUUGAGAUCAUCUUGGGGAUUGCAAAGGGACUCUUAUAUCUCCAUCAAGACUCCAGAUUGAAAAUUAUCCAUAGAGACUUGAAAGCUAGUAACGUUUUGUUGGACGCAUCCAUGCAGCCAAAAAUUUCUGAUUUCGGAAUGGCUAGAAUUUUUGGAGAAGACCAAAUCGAAGCAAAUACAAAUCGAGUAGUCGGGACAUACGGUUAUAUGUCCCCAGAAUACGCAAUGGAAGGUCACUUUUCAGUGAAGUCAGAUACCUUUAGUUAUGGUGUAAUGUUAUUAGAAAUUUUGAGUGGGAGAAAAAACAAAAAUCGAUUUAAUGAAGACUCUUUGAAUUUGGUAGAGGAUGUUUGGAAUUUCUGGAGGGAAGAAAGACCACUAGAUAUGAUUGAUCCAUCACUGGGGGCAUCAUAUGAAGAACGAGAAGUUUUGAGAUGCAUUCAUGUUGGUUUGUUGUGCGUUCAAGCCUUUCCCAACCACAGACCGACCAUGUUAGAAGUGGUUUUCAUGCUGAGCAAUGAAACAACACUUCCUCAUCCUAAUCCACCCGGAUUUGUGAUCAAUCAAGGGGUUGUUGCGCCAUGUUUAGGAAAUGAAUCUGUUAACAAUGUAUCAAUUACUAAAAUUGAAGGUCGCUAAACAUUAACUUAGUUGUACAUGGCGAAUGCGAUGUGUGAUGAAUGUGAAAUGUCUAAUGUUAUAGUCACACAUGCAUAUAUGCAUGUGUAUACAAAUUACUACCUUGUUAUGCGCAUUGUGAGAAGCGUUGAUGCAUGAUACUAAGAGCCGAUUUGAGAAUCCUUGUUUUAAACUUAUCAGUCCGAUCAUGUAACUUUACGGCACAUGUAACUUCUAAUACCGCACACCUGAUUGCGUUGUAAUCAUUAUAUGUAAGGUUAAAGUUAGUUUUCUGAAUUGACCAAAGUUUCUAAAGAGAAUUAUUUUUAAUUACUUU